CCCUACCACCUUAUCCUCUUCUCCCCCCACAACCUCCCAGGCACAGUCUCCUCCCUCCUGACAGCCCACCUUCAAGUACCCCUCUACACAACCCUCGAAGAGCGAACCCGCCGCGAGAACGAAAUCAAGCACCUCUUCUCCGUCGACACAAACACAACCCUCCCCCCUCCCUCGCCGCGCGUGAAGAACCACUCAGACCUCACCGACAACUCAUCCUCCAAAAUCUACAAAAUCCGCGCCGCCCCCUCCGCACCAGAAAUUACCUCCCUGCCCCCUCAACUCGACCUCGGCAAAUUCAUCAAAAUCGACGACUCCCUCGGUCCCAAAGACGAUCCCAGGCGCAUACAGGCAAUGGACUACAACAACCACCUGGCAGCCUUACGCCUCCGCAACCUCAAGAACCGCAACAACGUCGCCGCGAUGCGCAGCCGGAACCGGCGUGACAGGGCAGCGGUGCUCCGCGCCGAGGAGGCGAGUCUCGCGAAGGCAGAGUGUCGGUACUGGAAGGCGAGAGCGAUUGCCGCAGGCGCGGAUCCCAGGGGUUGGGAGUAUUUGCCGGACGUGGCUAAGGAGGCUGUCGCUGCGGAUUAUCGGAUUGAUGCGCUGGAUUUCUUUCAGGAUGUGGGCGAGGUGGCGCCUGCGACGCCCAAGAAGGUCCUGAAGAGGAAGCGUUGAAGAGGGAGAGUCGGAGACGAGAGAGUCGGAGAAGAGAGAACCGAAGAAGAGAGAGUUGUCCUGAGAGAGAGGAUUGGGAUGUCGCUUCGGCCGGUGCUGUUGGAUUAUGAAUGGACGAGGAGCGGGGUUGCGUGGUUUGGCUUUUCUUGAGAGGACUCUUUGUCGUUGCUUUGCUCUCUUUUUGCGAGUUUUGCAUAAGCAAGGAGACUAUCCUUCCCGG